AUGGAAAUAAAACGGGAUGCGGAUAAGGGUGAAUGCGCCACAUUUACAGUGGAAAGUAAACAUCGGUGGACUUUGCGGCUGAACGCGAGCAUAAGUAUCACAUACUUUGUGGUGAUGUUGCACCCAGGUGGCUUUUUUGGCAGUAAACGUCAGAUAACGGAUCCGACAAUAUUAGAGAACAGUCCGGUAACGGCAAGCGUAGGACGCACUGGAAAGGAGUGUCUGUUGACAUCGGCCUGGGAUUACUCGCACUCGCGGUUCGGCACGUAUUUCUUCUUCACGUGCGAUAUGGAUGAACAGAAGUACCGGAAUGUCAAUUACGCCUAUUAUGUCAAUCUAUACAUAGAUCCCAAAAAGUUUGACACGUCCUAUACCGCGAAGAAUGUGUCGCUCUGUUCACUGGCUGUUAUGUCCUCCAAAAAUGAUUGCGGAACACCUGAUAUACCACUUCAUAGCACUGUUACCAAUAACCCCAACACUCACGAGUGGACUUUUGAUUGCGAUGAAGGGUAUGAAUUGGUUGGAAAGGCUACCGUGUCGUGCGGUCAGAACGGGCGCUGGGCCUCAGACUUCCCGUAUUGCACUCGGAAGGAGUUGUGUCCAGUAAGCCGUUCCUCCACUGACAUGUCUGUGAAGACCAGAUGGGAUAAUGUGGUCCAGAAGGACAACAAAAUAAUUGCAGUCAUUGAUACCAUAGUUAACCAUACAUACUCUGUACCACAAGUGGACAAUGGAGUGGAACUGAGCCCUAUUGCAUGGGUUAAUCCAAAAGAUUUGCCAAAACCCGGUUCUAAAGAUAGCGGUUCCACAUUAACGGUGUUUAUCAGUGUUUUGAGUAUAAUACUGGCCAUAGCACUGGUAGCCGGUCUUGUAUACUAUGUAUUCAAUAAAGGAUACUUGAAUAGUGUU